ACGUUUUUGUUACAUUCUAUCAGGAAGGACCAAUGAUACAUUCAGGUGCUGUUGUUGCAGCUGGAAUUUCUCAGGGACGGACGACAUCGUUCAAGAAGGAUUUCAAAGUUUUUAAAUACUUCCGGACGGAUCAUGAGAAGCGUGAUUUUGUAUCUGGAGGGGCAGCUGCAGGUGUUUCGGCUGCUUUUGGAGCACCUGUCGGUGGCGUGCUCUUUAGUUUAGAAGAAGGUGCUAGCUUCUGGAAUCAGAGCCUAACUUGGAGAAUAUUUUUUGCAUCAAUGGUGUCAACCUUUACGUUGAAUGUCCUGCUAAGUUACUACCAUAAUCAGCCCUGGAGUUUGUCCAGUCCAGGUCUUGUCAACUUUGGUCAAUUUGAGGGUAAAGACUAUUAUGGAUAUGAAAUACCAAUAUUUAUAGCUAUGGCUAUAAUAGGUGGUCUCUUGGGGGCGCUCUUCAAUUUUAUUAAUUAUAGAUUAUCUCUCUUUAGAAUCAAAUAUUUGUACAAGCGAUGGAUGAAUUUAGCGGAAGCCAUGUUUGUGGCAAGCGUAACAGCAACUUUAGCGUUCUUAGCAAUUUACAACAUACAGGAUUGCAGGUCACUACCUCAGGAGGAGGUCAGAUACCCAUUACAGAUGUUCUGUGCAGAUGGCGAAUACUCAGCUACUGCUAGUUUAUUUUUUAGUACACCAGAAGCUUCCAUUAAAAAUCUAUUUCAUGACCCACCAGAUGCAUAUUCUGUCCUUACAUUGAGUGUAUUUUUUGUUGUGUAUUUUAUCCUGUCCUGUUGGACAUAUGGACUUAGCAUUCCAAGUGGUCUUUUCAUUCCAUGCAUCCUGACAGGUGCUGCAUGGGGUCGUUUAUUUGGUAUACUCCUCAAUACUAUUGCACCCGCUGCAAAACUGUCUGAUCCAGGAAAAUAUGCACUGAUUGGGGCAGCAGCACAACUAGGUGGUGUUCUUCGUAUGACAAUUAGCCUGACUGUGAUAUUGAUAGAGGCAACUGGCAACAUCACCUACGGCCUUCCUCUCAUGCUUGUGCUGGUGUUUGCCAAGUGGAUUGGUGAUCUCUUCAACGAAGGCCUGUACGAUAUUCACAUACAGCUGCAGAGUGUUCCUAUACUUCCCUGGGAACCUCCGCAAUUAACAGCAAAUAUCCAUGCAAGUGAGAUCAUGAAUCGCCCAGUAGUGACCUUAAACAGUAUUGAGAAAGUUGGUCGGAUAAUUGAUGUGCUUAGCUCAUCUGAUUCUAACCACAAUGGUUUUCCUGUUGUUGAUCCUCAGGAUCCACAGGAGGAGAAUUCAUCAACGUUUGGUACUUUCCGGGGGCUGAUAUUGCGUAAUCAACUUAUUGUAAUACUUAAACAUAAGGCUUAUAGUACAUGGCCUCUCAAUGAACCAAAUAUCCGCAAACUCCGUAUUCAGGAUUUCCGAGAUGCUUACCCACGAUUCCCGGGCAUUGAUAGCUUGAACAUACCACCGGCGGAUCGAGAGUUUAGUGUAGACCUUCGACCGUUCAUGAAUCAAGCACCAUAUUCUGUAUCAGAGGACUCGUCCCUUCCUAGGAUCUUCCGUCUUUUCCGUGCCCUAGGAUUGCGUCAUCUUGUGGUCGUCAAUGAUUCAAAUGAGGUCGUUGGUAUGGUAACCCGGAAAGAUCUAGCUCGCUUCCGAGUGACAGAACAUGGCGGCCGUGUUGGAUUGGAAGAACUUUUCAUCUCAACUUAGUAAGACAAAAGCAGAAUUUGAAGAAAAUGAUAAGUGCAAUUCAUUUGUUGUUGGGUAGAAAGGGUGGGUAGGGGUGGUGUUAUGAAUGUGAUUUGGGAGGGGAUAUGGAUAUCAUGAAUCAUUUUAAUGAGUGUAAUUUUAAAUCCAUUGUAAAAACUACCCUUUUAAUUUAAAAUAUUGUUUUGAUAACAUUUUUAUUAAGGUAUUAUUUUUAUUUGAGGUAUAUGUUAAAUUUACUAUUUAAAAAUAUUAUUAUUAUUACUAAUAAUAGCACUAAAUCUGACUU